CUUUAACGUUUGGUUACUACUACUAAUCUCUUCCCUUUUUAAAACACAACCGACACGCACAUUUCCAUUCUCAUUCAUUCCACUCUUUCUUUCUUUCUUUCUUUUUUCAUUCAGAUUCAUUUCCCACAUUUCCAAUUAUGGAUCCCGUUAGUGAAUGGGGUAACACACCACUCGUAACCGUCGACCCAGAGAUCCACGACCUAAUCGAAAAAGAAAAACGUCGCCAAUGCCGCGGAAUCGAACUCAUCGCAUCCGAAAAUUUCACCUCCUUCGCCGUCAUCGAAGCUCUCGGCAGCGCUUUAACCAACAAAUACUCCGAAGGCAUGCCGGGUAACCGUUACUACGGCGGUAACGAAUUCAUCGACCAAAUCGAAAACCUUUGCCGUUCACGCGCUCUUCAAGCUUUUCAUAUCGAUCCACAAUCUUGGGGAGUUAAUGUUCAGCCUUACUCUGGUUCACCUGCGAAUUUCGCAGCUUACACCGCCGUGCUUAAUCCUCAUGAUCGGAUUAUGGGAUUGGAUCUUCCUUCAGGUGGACAUCUGACUCAUGGUUACUAUACUUCCGGUGGGAAGAAGAUCUCGGCCACUUCUAUUUACUUUGAGAGUUUGCCGUAUAAGGUGAAUUCUACGACUGGUUUUAUUGAUUAUGAUCGGUUGGAGGAGAAAGCCUUGGAUUUUAGGCCUAGGUUGAUUAUCUGUGGUGGCAGUGCUUACCCUAGGGAUUGGGAUUAUAAACGCUUUAGAGAUGUUGCUGAUAAGUGUGGUGCUCUUUUGCUUUGUGAUAUGGCUCAUUUUAGUGGCCUUGUUGCUGCUCAGGAAGUUAAUAAUCCCUUUGAGUACUGUGACAUUGUGACAACAACAACUCACAAGAGCUUGAGGGGUCCCAGGGCUGGUAUGAUCUUCUACAGGAAGGGACCUAAACCACCCAAGAAGGGCCAGCCUGAGAAUGCAGUUUACGAUUUUGAGGACAAGAUCAACUUUGCAGUUUUCCCUUCCCUUCAAGGUGGUCCUCACAAUCACCAGAUUGGUGCCCUUGCUGUUGCCUUGAAACAGGCCAUGUCACCUGGGUUCAAGGCAUAUGCCAAGCAAGUUAAGGCCAAUGCAGUUGCCAUUGGAAAUUACUUGAUGAGCAAGGGAUACAGUCUUGUCACUGGUGGAACUGAGAACCAUCUUGUGUUGUGGGAUCUUCGCCCUCUUGGAUUGACUGGAAACAAGGUGGAGAAACUUUGUGACCUCUGUAACAUCACAGUAAACAAAAAUGCUGUUUUUGGCGAUAGCAGUGCCUUGGCUCCAGGAGGAGUACGAGUUGGUGCUCCGGCCAUGACUUCUAGAGGUUUGGUUGAAAAGGAUUUUGAGAAGAUUGGAGAGUUCCUUCACCGUGCUGUGACACUCACACUAGAGAUCCAGAAGGAGCAUGGAAAACUUUUGAAGGAUUUCAACAAGGGCUUGGUGGACAACAAGGCUAUUGCAGAACUCAAAGCUGAUGUUGAGAAGUUCUCGUCUUUAUUUGGUAUGCCUGGUUUCCUGGUAUCUGAGAUGAAGUACAAGGAUUAAACUUCCCUCUCAAAUCAAACGUCAAGUUUGAGACAAGGUGGAGAAAAAUAAAAUAAGCUUCUUCCUAUUUUGAGUGUGAUAUCAUGAUGGUGUUUAAUUCAAAAGAAAUUAAGUUUUGGAUUUUGUUUUCAUGUUUUGUUAGCCUAAUCAUAUUUUUUCUUAAUAGUAGCAUUGCAUCAAAAUAAAUGUGUUAUUUUCCUUUUGCUAAGAGGCUUGUAUGUUUCAUCAUUUUAUAUAAUACUACAAAAAUGCACGCAAACAGCCUGCAACUACAUGUUGAAUUUAGCUAAUAGAAUAAAGUAGAUUUGUUGUUCUUUGAGA